AAGGGAAUCAGAUGGCUUCAUCUGCAGUGGAAGAGGAAGAGCGUCAAAAGGCCAAAAGGCAGAAACACAUUGACCAGCUCAACCUCGUCAACUCUAAGGGCAAGAGGAAGUUCCAUCAAGGAGAAGCCUCUGGAUCGAAGAAAAAGGGCAAGCCACCUCACCCUCCGAAACAAGGAGGGAGUAAGGCUGCUCAAUCAACUGCUCAACCUUCAGCUGGGCCAAAAUUCAAGAAUCCUCACUGCACUUUCUGUGACAGUGAUGGACAUUGGCACAAAGACUGCCCCCGCUUCAAGGAGUGGUUGGCCCGUAAAGGGAUUGAAUGGCGUCCAGACGCUAAGAAAGGGGGAGCACAUCCUAAGAGUAGCUGAUCGAGCGGAGAUUGAAGUGGAGGCUGUUGGAGACCUCGCACUCAAGCUUCCCAGUGGCUACAAUUUAAUACUUAAUAAUGUCUUAGUUGCUCCUUCCGUUAAAAGAAAUCUUAUUUCAGUUAGAGUCCUAGCAGAAUCAGGAUAUGACUGUUAUUUUUUCAAGAGAACUUGUUACAUUAA